AUGGAUACUAUAGAUCAAGCUAUCGAGACUAUUGAUCUAGCAUUAUUUAAAACCGGAAAUAUUUAUUAUUCAGCUGUUAAAGCAUUCGGUUUGAGUAGACAAAAAAGUAUGUAGUUUCAAUAGUGACUACCAACAUAUUAGUGUUAGUAUAUAUCGAAUCAAUUCAGAAAUAUUGCAAGAACUUAUAAAUUCUAAUAUUGAAAUUAAAGAAAUUAUUUACAACUUUAAAUUGUAUUUUAAAUGGAUAAAAUGAACUACCUAUAAAAAUAAAUUAAAAAUAAAAAUAUUUUAUUUUAAUUAACCUAAUUGAAAUGAAAAUUAUCCGAAAUAUUUAUUUAUUUUCUAACAUUGUUUUAAAUUUGAUAAUUUUACAUGAAAAUUUUCUAAAUUUCUACUUUUUCUAUUUAUAAUUUUCAUAAACUGUUCAUAUGAUCAUAAUAAAACAUCAGCUACUUAUCCUCUAUUCGUAAGUUUUGAUAUACAUGAUUUAUUUAUCAAAUCUUAAGUUUGUCAUACUAAUAAUUCAUGUUGUUCUCGAAAAUUGUCUAUAUUUUCUUUUUCUUUUAUAUUAAUAACAUUUAAAGAUAAAUUAAGAUAAGAAAGACUCAUAUUCGACAUUGAAUGCUUAUGUUUUUAUUUCAGUUUAGAUCAGAAAACAAGUAAACGACAUUUGAAAAUUUUAUUUCUGUUCAGAGUUAUAAUGAAACUGUGAAAAAAUAUAUAGUUGAAGAUUCUAAAAGGAAAAAGCUCGUUGCAGAUCUUCUCAGAUUCAAAAAUUUUUGGAUCUAGUCGAUGUCGAACUGUAUUUUGAUACUCUCAAUGAAAUUUUCUAGUCGAAAUUGGAUCGUCACCUCGACAGUACGAAAUAUCUUUCUUAAAGUUAUUUUGUAUUCAAUUACUAGCACAGCUAACACAUUCUACAAAUGACUAGAUACAUUCACCUUCAACCCUAGGCAUUCGUCUACUAUCUGAUCCUAAUAAGGAACCUGCUCAAUGGGGUUAAAUUUUUUUUUUCACAUACAUAAAUAUCUCUUUUUAUAAUUAUUCCUAGUAAGAAUAUCUCCAUAAUGUCGUUAUGGUUAUUUUUUUUCAUAAAACUUGUUAUUAUAUAAGCCAAAUAUAAAUGAAUUGGCUAUUUUUGUUUUAUGGAUGUAACUUCAAAUUCGUCGCAAUGCGAUGAAGAUAUAUAACUUCAACGAUUGAUACUUGUGCUUUAAGUCAUAGAUACAUAUGCUUUAUAUCCCAUAGAGUGAAGUGUCAUUCAAAAAACUGACGAUGGCAUUUAAAACCA